CUUGGCUACGGAUGUUGUGAUUGUCCGUAGGUGGUAGACGGUCUCUGACUGUUGAACGCGGAGGUACCACCCGGAGGAUCUCGUAGGCGGAGCCAGAAUGUGUGCAUGUUGCAUAAUCCGUGUGGCGUUCCCCCUUUCCCCUGUAUCCCCCAAUGGCCCCACGGUACCUAAUGGGUGUGUAGGCCUUAGGACUUCGUGGUAGUCG